UACUUUUUUAUGAUAAUCAAUUUAAUAUUGAAUGUUUGAUAAGGCUAUUAAAUAAAAAGGAAAUAAAUAGAAUAUAGAAGUAUCUGUUAAAAUGCCUUGAAAGUGAUAGAUGAGUGGAUUAAGAAUUAUAUAUGUUCUAGAGUUAUUCUCUUAGAUAUUGAAAUGCCUAUUAUUGAUUGUUUCAUCAUCACCACCAAAGUGAUUAAAUAGUAUGUGAUAGCUAUAAGGCCCAUUCUUAUUGCAGCAAGUGGACAUAUGAAAAAAUAAAUUCUAAAUUUACAGUCUAUUAUGAAAGCCAUUAAAAACAAGAGACAUUAAGGAGAUCAUCACUCGUUAUCUACAAUGAUUUAAUUUUUAUUAAAAUACUAAUUUAAAUUAAAAUUAUCGUUAGAUGUUUGUUUGUUGUGGAAAAAAGAAGAAGGAUCGGAAACAUGCUUCAUUAGGGAAUCUUCAUUAGUUAAAUUUAAUUUGUUAGGAUGGACUAUACUUCGACAAGAAUCUUAAAAUAAUUACAGAAUUCAAUAAAACAAAUGUAUUCAAAUUGAAUUUAAUUGCAUCUAGUUUUGUGAUACCCUAUAAGGAAACUGCAAAUAUUAUUGUCCAAUCUGUUUUAAAUAUUACGACUGUAUGCUCCAUACAACUUGCUGUUCAAAUUACGUCUGUCAUGUUUGUGCAGUUUAAUCUCUCGCCAAUAAGAUGUACAAUUGUCAUUAUUGUCGAAAUGAUCACUGCAAAUAUGUCGAUGUAGAUCCUGCACAUUAGUUAAAAAUAUACAUAGAUUCACAUACUAAAUUAUGA